AUGUCGUACACUGAGACAGAUUUGGAAUAUGAGGACCCCAUCUUGUCCCUCGCAAGGGAUCCAAAUUUGAAUAAAGAAAAAGCGAAAACUCUGAAAAUCAUUCUGUUGAUACAGGGUUUUCCUCUCGUGGAAAGAAAGGUAUCCAGGCUCUGCCAACUAAGCUUGACCAUCCUACAAACGCUUGAGAAGAUCGAGCUCAAUCUCAAGAACUGGGCAUUUAUGUCGUUGGAUAUCAAUUCCGCAAAUCACUUCGAUACUACCAGCAGUAGUGAAAUCAAGACAUUCAACAACAAUGUUUCGUUCAGGGUCAUUCAGCUGUGCCAAGAACUCACUCAAAAACUUAACAAAAUCACUUCAGAUCUUGACUUUAUCACAAAUGCGCUGCGAUCCCUUAGUCCAAUUGAGUUCAUCAGCGAUAGCGGAACUCUUCUCACUACUUUGACGUUGAGAAAUAUCAAGUUGAAGGACGAACUUCGUGACAAGGUAACCAUUGCAUAUCUGAAGGCCAAGCUCAUUACCAUAGGAACUGACCUAGAAGUGAUGUUGGUUGAUGGAGAUUCCGACCAGAAAGCUACUGUGGAAUCUUACAAGCACUUCGUGGUGAGCUUACUUGGCCAACUAAACCAGGCCGUGGAAGACGACGACAUAGAGGAAAGGAAUGAAUGUCUUGCCGUCAUCAGUGAUAUGGAGCAGAUGUUUGAGGUCUAUAAGCAUGAGAGAGCCCAAGCGGCGGCAGAGAAUGAGGCAACAGAGAAAGAAGCAUUGGAGGUUCCAAAUGUUACUGGCUCAGGGCCAUCGAACUUGCUGGAAUCCCCUCGCCACGGCCAUUCUCAUCUGGACGAUUUUGCAAUGGUUCCACGAGCUGCAGAAUAUUCGGACGAAUACGAGUCUUCUGACGACUUAUCCAUGUCCCACUCUACUACGCUGUACGUACAACCCAUGGUUCACUCCAUCACCAAACAUUCACAUCGGUCGCCAGAGACGGGAUCUACGUCACUUGAAUCGACCAGAAGAGGCUCGUUCUCUUCAUUUGCAUCUACAAACAUCUUACAGAAGUCAACUAUUAGUGAAGAGUUGCCAUACUUAAUGUCUGCCUUUAAUCUGGCCAAGACCAUUGAAGAGGACCUUCACCAUUUCAAGGAAGAAGAAGAGCCGCCGAAGCAGCCUGAUUCUCCUAAGAAGAAGGAGAAGCAUGCAUUGAAACAACAGCUUCCACAUAAGAACCAUCUUCCACAGACUACAUUAUAUUCGGACAGUCAAAUACUUGACAGACCAAUUCCCUCACCAGGAGCCUAUUUAUAUGCCAACAACUCGUUGCUUUCCAAGUUUGGGAUCAAACCUCAGGUGAUCACUACAGAGUUGCCACGCCACUUGGGUAACAGCUUCACCACCAAUAGAAACAAUCAACUCGCAACUCCAGAUUCUCCCUCCUAUACUUUUGGGAGCAAACUUCUUAGUGGGAAGAAGGAGGACAAGGAGAAUGCGAAGUCGAACAUGCUUCUAACGAAAGAGAAUCUCGAGUCACAUACACUUAAGUCGUUGAUCCAGGAUCCGUCCUUGGUUGCCGACUACGUUGAGUAG